GCUGUGGGGCUCUUGGAAGUGGAUGGACUACGCCCAUGUGGUCAUCAUUGUUGUCGACUCCUGGAUGGGUGGGCUGGUGGUGAUGAAGCUCAGUACCACGGUGAAGACCAUGAUACGGAACUCAGCGCUGCUUUCGGUGCUUUUACUUCUGGACAGCUUGUCGCAAGAAACGUACAACUUCGGCGUGCGCAUGGGGCCAUCACUCAUGUUGGCGAUGAUAGUUUAUAUGUCCUUCAUGCUAUUCAGGACAGCAGAGGUUUACGAGGAUGAGCGUAAGCUCAGAGUGAUCGACGUGUCUGAACUGCCUCGGAUGAAGAGUAAGGUCUUCAGCGAUUUUGAGGCAGAGGACGAAGAGGAUGACAGCCCCUGGUGGCAGUGCAAUAGCCCUUGGCUGGGAUGCUACGAUCGGAAGUGGAAGGGCGAGCCGGAUGCACCGGAAGAGCAGCCGCCGGAGAAGGCAGGGUCCGGCAUGGACUCGCAGAUGAUGAUCAUAUCGCUGGUCUACGCAGCAACUGACACCACUCGCACCUUGCUGAACUCCUACGCAUUGUCCAGCUCGCAGAUCAAUCCGAACUCCAUGUCCUUCCUGACGUUCCUUGUAGGACUUGUGUUUGCAUCCCUCAUGACUUGGAGAGCUCAUGGCCUCGGAUGCGCGAAGGCCGAUGAGGAGCUUGGUGAGAGCGAGUCAGGGAAAGGGCUGAAGCAAGCCUGGAGCAUCCGGAAGAUCAUUGAGUACGGGAACUCUUCCAUGCUGCAGGCAGUGACUAUGUGCUUGGGCAACAUGGCCUAUGCGUUUGGUCUGUCCCCAUCCAUGGCAGCAGUUCUUGGAAAGGUGUACACGCCAGUGCUGGCGGUUGGAGAGCGCUUGAUCCUGAAGAAACGCAGGCAGCCAGUGGAAUGGUUCGCGGUGAUCAUCCUGACACUGGGAACCUUUGCCUUCCUGUGGCUUCAGAUCUACGACUUCGAAGAGGGCUUAGGGAAGGCGAUGAGCAAUAUGCUGCCGUUGAUCCUUUGCAUUCUUGGCGCAGUCACCGCUGCCAUCCAGGCCUUGGUCUCGCAGGGUAUCUACGAGGCCAAUCGCGAUGUGGAUUUCUAUAUGAACAAAGUUCGCUUUGAUGCCGGCAGUGCCAUCUUCACACUCUUGGUGGUGCCUUUGCUGAGCCUCACUGCCUCCCGUGGCAAAGACUUGGUGUGGCUGCCACGGGCAGUAGAGGCAGACUGCGAUGUGAACGCAUGCUGGCCCAAGGUCACAUCCUUCUCAAACGGCGGCUCCAUCCAUUGGCCCUGGUCCAUGGAGGACAGCAUGAUGACAUGCACCGCCCCCGAGUGCACAGGCGUUUGCGCUUGCCAGACCGGGCUUUUUGCUGGGUGGGGCCUGCAGCCAGCGCUCUAUGCCUUCCUGGCCAUCAGCGUACUCUAUGGCAUCCUGGUGGGUAUCAUCUAUGAUCGCUAUGGAUCGCUGCACAGGGCCAAGUGCGACUCCUUUGGGCUUUUGCUGACAUACUGGAUCGGCAACCCCAUUUUGAAUUAUUUUACCAAGGGUGAAAGCUUUACGAGCAGCUUGAAGGACGAGUGUUUGGACAUCGUAUCCUUCAUCGUCCCGCUGGCUGCUUUGGCCACCGACUUCGGCAAGAUCAUGACCUCAGAGAUGCUUCAGAAGACUUGCUCCUUCCGACUUGGCCUGGUGGCGGGCCUGAUUUCACGUCUCCGAGGCAAGGAAGUAGCACUGAUGAUCAGCGAUCCAGCUGGCAUCGAGAAGGACCAGAAUGAAGAGAUGAUUGAGCUCAUUGAUCAGAGGGCAACUGAUGUCAGAAAAAAGGGGGCUCAAGUCCGUGUGGUAGACGAGAAGCCUUUGGAUUCCAUCUUGGUGUCUCGGCUGAACAAGCUCUUCAACUCCUUGCCAGAAAAGCAGAAGCAUGAGUUCCGGGCGCUGCGACGUGAGAUAGGCGCAGAUAGUGUGGCGCACGCAGAAACUCGCGUCGCCAUUGGCGUGAAUUCGUGGAACCGCAACGCCCACAUGGUGGAGAUGGCCAGGCACGGUGUCGGCGCCAGCUCCGCUGGGCCCUGCAGCAUCCGGUCCUUCGGGUUCCAAGAGCUCAAGGAGUGCAAGGAAGCAUUUGAGAAAGCUGCAGCUGCCCACGAGACGUUCAUGAAGGUGACUCAGGACCCCACGCAUCAACAGCACCAGGUGGUUCUGGAGCAGCUCAGGGACGGCCUGGCGCCAGCAUCGCCAUCCCCGCCCAUGGUCCAAUUUCUCUCCGAGGAGAGGUGAUCAACUGUCCGGAAUCUGCGAAUUUGCAGAGAGAGGCUUGGACUGUAAUCAGAGCACACCUGAGCCUGUCAGCAUUGUCAGCACCAAGCGUUCUGACGAUGCUUAUUGAUUGUAAUAGUUGUCAAUGCACAUUCAGACACCGCUCAGCAGAUACC